AUGCCAGAAGCUCAUAGACGACCUCUCGAUCUUCAGCUCGAACGAAGACUUGGAAGACUUGUCCACACAAGCUUUACAGUACCUGAGCAUCGACUUCUCGUUGCCGACCUGCUACAGAGGUCGUAUGAUGGGAAUCGCUUGGCUGCUCUGCGGAAUAUAUCUGGCUUGCUGGACAGUUUCCUUACACGGCUUGAUCAGUACUCAAUCUUGUCCAAGGACGACCGAAAGUUGUUCGAACGGUACCAAGAGUCCAAAUCUAGUUUCAGUAUAUUGCCAUCAAAUCCAGAAGAUCGCAGGAGGAUCAAGAUCAAACGAUAUCAAGAGGAGAAAGAGCUAAAGAGGCAAUUGCAGUAUCUAAGAUCAUUAUCAUCGACUACCGGUACUGAUGACGAAACCUUGCGAAAGCUGUACCUCGCAGAGCUGGCAACAUUCGUCCAUGAAUCUUUUCAAGCACUAGAUUCCGUCUCACAAGAGACUGCAAUCCUUUCACAGAUGCAGCAGGCCAAGCCGGCCCAAUCGAGGGGCAUUGACAACGACUCGAGGCAAGAGAACCGCACUCGAGACGGCUACUCUGAAAGACUCGACAGCAAUGGUACCAUGGCUGGUCUCGGACGCAAAGGAGGGCCGCUGCUCGAUCCAAAGGGCAAGCCACUGCAGCCAUUCACCAUCCUGGACAAACGGUCACAGAUGCGCAAUGGUGUCUUCAGGCCUGGUCAUAAUCUUCCAACCAUGUCCAUCGACGAAUAUCUGGACGAAGAGAAGCGCCGUGGUGGCAUCAUCGAGGGCGGUGGGAAUGCGAACGAGGCUGCACCGGAGCCCGAUGAGGACAAUCUGGCCGAGGUCGAUGCCGCGACCAUGAAGGCUCGAGAAUGGGAUGAGUUCGUCGAGGCAAAUCCCAAAGGUGCCGGGAAUACUUUGAACCGUGGAUAG